CCCCGCGCCCCGCCGCCCCGCGCCCCGCCGCCGACGAUGCUGCGCUGCGGCCUGGCCUGCGAGCGCUGCAGGUGGAUUCUGCCCCUGCUGCUGCUCAGCGCCAUCGCCUUCGACAUCAUCGCGCUGUCCGGCCGCGGCUGGCUGCAGUCGAGCACCCACCUCCAGACGUCCUCGCUGUGGUGGAGAUGCUUCGACGAGGGCGGCGGCAGCGGCUCCUACGACCAGGGCUGCCAGAGCCUCAUGGAAUACGCUUGGGGGAGAGCAGCGGCCGCUACGCUCUUCUGUGGCUUCAUCAUCCUGUGCAUCUGCUUCGUCCUCUCCUUCUUUGCCCUCUGCGGACCCCAAAUGCUGGUCUUCCUGAGGGUGAUUGGAGGCCUCCUGGCUCUCGCUGCUGUGUUCCAGAUCAUUUCCCUGGUCAUCUACCCCGUGAAGUACACCCAGACCUUCAGCCUUCACGCCAACCCUGCCGUCCUUUACAUCUAUAACUGGGCCUAUGGCUUCGGAUGGGCAGCCACGAUCAUCCUGAUUGGUUGUUCCUUUUUCUUCUGCUGCCUCCCCAACUAUGAGGAUGACCUGCUGGGCAAUGCUAAGCCCAGGUACUUCUACACCUCUGCCUGACGUGGGAAAGAGAGCUGAGCAAGCCCCGCUGAGGAGCAGGAUCCGGAGUGGAAAGUCUCGGGCCCCGUGGAACCUAUGCUUUGGCAGUGCCCUAGUCAAAAUGCUAAACUAAUUUGGGAGAAAAAAUUUCUUAAAUAGUGUUAUAGUUUCAUAUUCACCUUUUAUAUAUAUUUUUGUGGAGUUAAACAAAAAGACGUGUUUCUUUUUCCAAGUUCUUUAUAAUAUGCUGAUCUCUCCUUAUGUUUAAACUAUAACAUGUAUUCUGCAUUUGUCAAGGAAUAUGAACAUGUAACAUAAUAAAGAAAAAAUAAGAGGGCUUCCAUGUUUAAUAAUCUAGAUAGAUUGGAUGGUUUUUAUUAAGGGUUAUGGAAAGAGAGAUAUUGGUAGAAAUGGUAAAUGACCAAACAUUCCAAAAUUACAUAAUGCCAAACAAAAAAAUAUGUUUUCAAGUCUUCAGCUAUUUGAGGAAGCAAAAUUGCUCCCUAAGUAUGUGUCAUUUAUGAGAAUUUCAAAGUCAUAUUGGGAACAGUUCUUUUUUUUUCUUUUCUUUUUUUGCUAAGCUCUUGUGGCUAUGGCAUGGAGGAGAAUUUCCUUCCAUGACCGUAGGGGAUUGCAGUGGUAAGGUCUCUAACAUUAGUGGAAUGCUAAGAUAAACUGGCCUCUUUUUAAAUGGUUUCUAGAUUCUGGUGUGGGGAAAUGCUGUAGUAACAAAUCUGUACUGUUUGUGUCUGUGUGUUCAGGACCAGUGUAGACUGGGAAGAUGGGUGGAUGGGGGUGAGGAUGUCAUCUAGCCAAACAUUAGGAAAAUCAUUACUACCGCAAAAGUGCCAUUCAAACAGCUGGAGAAAACACAUGCUUGAAGCCUUUACCUCAGGCUCCAGUCAUAUAGACACAGCUCUGACACAGAAACCUAAAUAGAAUUAAAAACCCUGUCUACCUUGGUACACAGACUGAAAAUGUCUGCUCUGAGACAUAUAAUAGGACAGUUUAGGGGAUCCUAGUUUCUCUGAGUAUGUAUUGGAUGGGUCAUUAUUUUUUUUUUUUACCAUUUAUAUGGACAUAAUGAAAACCAAUUGAUUUUAUAUAUCAAAUGAUUAUUUUGUAAGUUGUAGGCAUAUAAGCAAUUGCCGUUUUCAUUAUGUGGCUUUUUGUGUUGUUUUUUUUUUUUGUUCUGCCCAAUAAACCAGAUAUUCACAUCUUGUCUA